AUGAGCAUAGAGCAACACCAACCGGAUACACCUCAGGGAGAAACACACUCCUCUCGGCACUCCACCCUGGUAGUACAGCCAUCGCAUGGCUCAGAUGAAGCCGCGUCGAAUGUAGUUCAGGACCCACGGGCUGCUAGCGAGAAUCGAACCUCGGCGCCAGUGGACCAUGUGAGUCCACCAGAUGAGCCCGUCAACACUCAAGACCGUGGGAAUGCUUUGCGCGAUCGCUGGUCACGACUGGCGCAUGCGGCGGAUUCGAUGACCGGAGAUUUAAUAUUAGCAAGCGAUUGUCGAAGAGAGGUUAUUGGGAAGAGAAGUGUCGCAUUGCUAGCCAUUCAAGAGCACCUGAAGACUACGCAAGAUCCUUCUCUGCUACAUUUAUGGGAUGCGCUGUCCGAUUUACAGAGCUCAGAGCAGAAGUUACUGCAACAAGACGAGAAUCUCGUUCCACGUGGGUACGAGAUUGUUGCCCAAGGCUCCAAGAUAUUUGGCGUCGAAGCAGAUACUUCUCUUGAGAUCCUUGAAGCGCAGGAUAUUGCUGUGCCUCCCACUGCCACAGCUACGAGCCCGUCCGUUCUCUCGGCAGACAAUAUCCGACUCGACCAAACCUCGGAGGCUCGGCGAUACCUCUCGAGAAAGGGCGACGUGGACCUGUUGAGGGAGAGCCUGAUGGGCCUCGACGAGGAGCAGGUCAUGGCUUGCGCUUUUCCCGAGGUAGCGAUGCCCGCGGCCCAGCUGGAAUCGAGAAGGCAACAGCUUACCCUCGAACUGGAGCAAGCCGAAGCGGACCUGGAGACACUACACAACAACCUGCCAGACAGGGAGGUGCAAAUCCCCAAGGAUCAGCUUCGUUCCUUCCCGACCAAUGAAGAAGCGUCAUCUCAAACCGACCGUGAUUCAGCAAUAGGUGGCGAAACAUCAGGCCCGCAACAAGAGGUCCAGGCCGAGAGCCUUUCACAGAUCCUGGAGCAUGUAACGGAUGAGAGUCCUGUUAGACCAGAGACACUAGUCAACGCCUAUCUCCUAUACCAGUUGCGUCAAUCUCCGGAAGAACGCAAGGCUUUUUUUAGGACUGUUGACGAUGAGCUAAAACUAGGAAAGCAAGCAGGCCGUGCAGAUAUGAAAACCGACAUCCCCAUUGAGCACUGGUUCGACGACGAGGCAGGCAAAAAGAAGUCCAAGAAGUCUCAGACGUCACUCACGAAAUACAUCAUCAGUCAACCAAGGUCCAACAUGACCGAAGUGGGCACCGCUGAGCAUGGGCAGCUAACGCAUGGAAAUAGCGAGCCGGUUGAACGUCGUGAGGAUACUCAGCACAACACACGCGAAGAUGUUCGGGAACACAGGCUUUUGGCACGCCAAAAAGCCAGGGGCACGAGUUCUCUCCGUUGA